AUGGCUCCUUACAAACCAUCGGUGUCACAAUUGGUUGAGUUAAAAAAACAACUGAUAGAAUUUCUUGAGAAGAAGUUUGUUCGACUGAGUGUUUACCCGUGGGGUGCUCCUGUGUUGUUAGUUAAGAAGAAAGAUGGAUGUAUAAGAUUAUGUGUGGACCCUAGGAAGUUGAACAAGGUGACUAUUGAGAUUAAGUAUCCCCUUCAAAGGAUUGACGAUUUGAUGGACCAACUGGUUAACAUUCUGAAGGCUGUUUCUAUUUUGAAAGUUGAUAACAUUUAUGUUGCUAUGGAGAAGAAAUAUAAUAGAUAUACUUCAGAUAAUUCCACGGAUCUUUUCAAUAAAAGUAACUACAAUACUGCUAAACAUGUAUGGGAAGCUUUGCAGAAGAAAUAUGAUAUUGAAGAAGCAGGUGCAAAGAAAUAUGUUGUCAACUGCUACUUGAACUAUAAGAUGGUGGUUGAAAGUUCUGUGGAAGCUCAUAGACACUAG